AACCCUGCAGAACAUGGGAAAGGCAUCUUGGGGAGAUGAGCACGUAGAAAUCAGGGUUCCAAUGUCCAGCACUUCUCCCACCUCCAGUACUUCCUUGGAGCGGCCGCUUCCCCGCAGGGCUUCCUGGAGCUCCACGAUGGAUAGAGUUACACUGCAGUCACCACCACCCUGAGCUUCCUUGCCAUACAGAUAAAGACGGUCUCUCACACCUUCAUCCUGGAAGCGACGUGCACCCGGCAGGCACAUCUGUCCUCCAGGUACAAAGCUGGACACGUGGGGAUGAAUCCUGGAAGCAUCACGGGAAAAAGAACCAAGCUUAGGAAGACUGAAUCGCGAGAGGAAAAGUGGAGGAUGAAUUAGGCCAUCUGAGGAAGUGGAGAAGGUAAAAGUUUGCUUAUUUGGAUCAGAGAGAUCUGAGUGAAGAAACUUAGGAUGCUUUCAAGGUGUUAAAUGCCUCUCCCACUUGAAGUUGACUGUCGAACUAAACAUAGAACAAAGAGAAAUACAUCUUGUGUAUUUAAAACAGCUGCGCCUUAAGAAUAGCCUUCCAGCUAAAUGCUAACAUAUAAUGGAAAAUGCCAUUGAAAUGCUAAUGCUAAAAGUUAACGUUGAUAGUCGUGGUUUUCGAAGCAAUGGAUGUUGGAACACAAACGAUGGGGCAACACAUGGAGACAUCACGAUGCAGGCAACUCUAUGAAAAAUGACUCAUUUUAAAGCGUCUUACUGAGUCGAAGUAGAAGAACUAACAUUUGUUGCGUGGAUUCCUCCACUACCAAGACGAGUAUGACAGAGCGAGUGAGUGACUUCCAAGAUCAGAGCUUCCACAAGCUCCGGCGGGCGUGCCUCCGACGCGGCGCCCUGUUCAAGGACCCCGAGUUCCCUGCCGCCGCCCAGGCGCUCUUCUACAAAAGGGCGCCGCCGCCAGGGCUGACCUGGAAGAGGCCGCGGGAGAUCUGCAAGGACCCACGUCUGUUUGUUGACGGCAUCAGCACGCGUGAUCUGCACCAAGGAAGUUUGGGGAACUGCUGGAUGGUGGCCGCCAUUUCCUGUCUGGCGUCCGAGCCCACCUUGUGGAAAAAAGUCAUCCCCGACCACAUGCACCAAGAAUGGAACCCCAAGCGUCCAGAUUUGUACGCAGGGAUCUUCCAUUUUCGCUUCUGGCGCUUCGGUCGCUGGUUGGACGUGGUGGUGGACGACCGCCUGCCAGUCAGCAGCGACGGGGUUCUGCUCUUCUGUCGCUCGGCCACGCCCAGAGAGUUUUGGAGCGCCCUGCUGGAGAAGGCCUAUGCCAAGCUAAAUGGAUGCUACGAGGCUUUGGAGGGAGGAAACACGGCCGAGGCUCUGAUCGACUUCACCGGGGGGGUUUCGGAGCCUCUCAGCCUGAAACGCGAGACCCUCAGCCUGCACGCCGACCAAAGGAAGUCUCUCUUUCAGACGCUGGCCAAGGCCCACGAACACAAAGCCCUCGUCACAUGCUCCAUUCGGCCGUCUGAAGGCGAGACGGUGGAGUCAGUGAUGGACUGCGGGCUGGUGAGGGGACACGCUUACGGGGUGACGGCGGUGAGGAAGGUGUGGAAGGGAAGCGGAACAUCUAGACUGUUCUUGGUGCGCAUGCGGAACCCUUGGGGCACUACCGACUGGACGGGUGCUUGGAGUCAGCGGUCACAGCAGUGGCAGCAGAUGAGCCGUGCAGAGAGAGAGAAGAUGGGACUUGUCGUUCGGGAUGUUGGCGAGUUCUGGAUGGACUUUGAGGACUUUUGUGGCUACUUCACGGACGUGGUGGUGUGCCGCCUGGUGGAGAGGUCUUUCCUGUGGCCCAGCUCCCACUGGAGGGAGGUGCGCUGCUACGGAGAGUGGGCCCCGGCGCCAUCGUGCCCCAGUAGGCCUCCGUCGGCCGUUUGCGUGCUGAGCCGGAGGAAGGAGGAUCCGGUUGAGGAAGGGAGAAAUGGAGACAGUGAGGAGGAGGAGAACGGAGGCCGGGAGGCGCAGAUGGACAAGAGGAGCCGAUGCGGAGGAUGUAUCAACCAUAAGGACACCUUCCUGCACAAUCCACAAUUCAUGUUUGAGAUCCGAGGCCACGAGGAGGAGGUGCUCAUGUGUCUGCAGCAGGAGGACCAGAGGAUACGAAGGAAGGACGGCGGAGGAGACAACCUGCCCAUCGGUUUUGAGGUGCUCAAGGCGGAGGAGAACCGCUGCAGCCGAGUGCAGCGGGUGGUGGAGCAAGCGGCCAGUUCCGUCUACAUGGACUCUCGCAGCAUCACGCUAAAGGCCACGCUGGCACCGGGCUCCUACGUGGUGCUGCCCACUACCUACCUGCCAGGAGCCAGCGGACACUUCCUCGUGCGGCUCUUCUCGCGUUCGCAUCUUCACCUCAGGGAACUGAAGAACGACUUGCCAUCGCCACCUUUACUUCAGUGCUUUUUACCUCAACCCACUGUUGUGACCACAGUCCACCUACAGAGGGCGACAGGACUCUGCCCUCCCAAACAGAUAGCUCCCGAUGUUUACGCCAUCAUUCGUUGUGAGAGCGCCACCGUUCGGUCUCAGGUGUUUAAAGCCAAAGGAAACCCAGAAUUCCACCUGAGAGCCAUCUUUUACAGGAGAUACCCCGACGCACACAUCUCAGUCGAGAUUUGGAGCAGAGGCCUCCUGUGGGACUCCAUUUUGGGCCACGCCCGACUCCACACGACGCCGACCGACCAGAGUCGGGACCACGCGAUGGAGCUACGAGGAGGCCGUUCAGGUUCAGGAGGUCGCGUCUAUGUGGAGACGUCAUCGAGCGUCUGCCUGAUGGACUUGUAGCCGCCUCGCCGGCUCGUCCGGUUGACGCGGUAACGAGAACCGCGCCAUCCCCUGGAGUGUUUUCAUUUGAAUCUACCAAAAUAGGGACGAUGCCAAAUGCUUGCAACUGCUGUACAUUUGCAAAGUUUUGUUUUCUUUUCAUG